UUUGAAGAAGUUUGGGGAAAAAAGUUUGGAAAAGUUUCUAUAAUAACUAGGGGGCGUCCGGAGGGAGGCGGCAGCGGCGGAGGAGGGGGCGUCUCAGACAAGGGGCGGGAGGGAGCCGCGGGCGCAGCGACGGCAGCCUCCUGAGCGCCCCCUCCCACCCGGACCGGGACGGGGGGCUCCGGCCGGAUCCAUGGGGGCCGCGAGCUGCGAGGAUGAGGAGCUGGAAUUUAAGCUGGUGUUCGGGGAGGAGAAGGAGGCCCCCCCGCUGAGCGCAGGGGGCCCGGGGGAAGAACUGGACUCAGAGGACACUCCGACAUGCUGCCGCCUGGCCCUGGGGGAGCCCCCUCCCUAUGGCGCGGCCCCUAUUGGCAUUCCCCGGCCACCACCCCCUCGGCCUGGCAUGCACUCGCCGCCGCCCCGCCCAGCCCCCUCCCCUGGCACUUGGGAGAGCCAGCCGGCUCGUUCGGUGAGGCUGGGGGGGCCCGGAGGGGGCUCGGGUGGGGCCGGGGGAGGCCGUGUCCUGGAGUGCCCAAGCAUCCGCAUCACUUCCAUCUCUCCCACGCCUGACCCGCCAGCCACCCUGGAGGACAACCCCGAUGCCUGGGGGGACGGCUCUCCCAGGGAUUACCCCCCACCAGAAGGCUUUGGAGGCUACCGAGAGGCAGGGGGCCAGGGCGGGGGCCCCUUCUUCAGCCCCAGCCCUGGCAGCAGCAGCCUGUCCUCCUGGAGCUUCUUCUCAGACGCCUCUGAUGAGGCCGCCCUGUAUGCCGCUUGCGAUGAGGUGGAGUCUGAGCUAAACGAAGCGGCCUCCCGCUUUGGCCUGGGCUCCCCACUGCCCUCGCCCCGGGCAUCCCCUAGGCCAUGGACCCCCGAUGAUCCCUGGAGCCUGUAUGGUCCAAGCCCUGGAGGCCGGGGACCAGAAGAUAGCUGGCUACUUCUCAGUGCUCCUGGGCCCUCCCCAGCCUCCCCACGGCCAGCCUCUCCAUGUGGCAAAAGGCGCUAUUCAAGCUCCGGAACCCCAUCUUCAGCCUCUCCAGCUCUGUCCCGCCGGGGCAGCCUGGGAGAAGAGGGGUCCGAGCCACCUCCACCACCCCCACUGCCUCUGGCCCGGGAUCCUGGCUCCCCUGGCCCCUUUGACUAUGUGGGGGCCCCACCAGCCGAGAGCAUCCCCCAGAAAACCCGGAGGACUUCCAGUGAGCAGGCAGUGACCCUGCCUCGGUCUGAGGAGCCGGCUCCGUGCAACGGGAAGCUGCCUUCGGGAGCAGAGGAGACUGCAGCUCCUCCAGGUGGUGCUCGGAAGGAGGGAGCUGGCAUGGACUACCUGGCAGUGCCCUCCCCUCUGGCUUGGUCCAAGGCCCGGAUUGGGGGACACAGCCCCAUCUUCAGGACCUCUGCCCUACCCCCACUGGACUGGCCUCUGCCCAGCCAGUACGAGCAGCUGGAGCUGAGGAUUGAGGUGCAGCCUCGAGCCCACCAUCGGGCCCACUAUGAGACAGAGGGCAGCCGAGGUGCUGUCAAAGCUGCUCCUGGUGGUCACCCUGUAGUCAAGCUCCUAGGCUACAGUGAGAAGCCACUGACCCUACAGAUGUUCAUCGGCACUGCAGACGAAAGGAACCUGCGGCCUCAUGCCUUCUAUCAGGUGCACCGCAUCACCGGCAAGAUGGUGGCCACGGCCAGCUAUGAAGCUGUAGUCAGUGGUACCAAGGUGUUGGAGAUGACCCUGCUUCCUGAGAACAACAUGGCAGCCAACAUUGACUGUGCUGGAAUCCUGAAGCUUCGGAAUUCAGACAUUGAGCUGCGGAAGGGUGAGACGGAUAUCGGGCGCAAGAACACACGUGUGCGGCUGGUAUUCCGGGUACACGUGCCCCAGGGCAGCGGGAAGGUCGUCUCUGUGCAGACAGCAUCAGUGCCCAUCGAGUGCUCCCAGCGCUCGGCCCAGGAGCUGCCCCAGGUGGAGGCCUACAGCCCCAGUGCCUGCUCCGUGAGAGGAGGAGAGGAGCUAGUGCUAACUGGCUCCAACUUCCUGCCGGAUUCCAAGGUGGUGUUCAUCGAGAGGGGCCCCGAUGGAAAGCUGCAAUGGGAGGAGGAGGCCACUGUGAACCGGUUGCAGAGCAAUGAGGUGACACUGACCCUGACUGUCCCUGAGUACAGCAACAAGCGGGUGUCCCGGCCCGUCCAGGUCUACUUUUAUGUCUCCAACGGGCGCAGGAAGCGCAGCCCUACCCAGAGUUUCAAGUUCCUGCCUGUGAUCUUCAAGGAGGAGCCCCUACCAGACUCAUCUCUCCGGGGCUUCCCUUCAGCCUCAGGCCCCUCCUUCGGCACUGACAUGGACUUCUCACCCCCCAGACCCCCCUACUCCUCUUAUCCCCAUGAAGACCCUGCUUACGAACCUCCUUACCUGUCAGAAGGUUUCAGCUAUGGCACACCCCCUCUGUACCCCCAAACGGGGCCCCCACCAUCAUACAGACCUGGCCUUCGGAUGUUCCCUGAGACUGGGGGUACCACAGGUUGUGCCCGUCCACCAGUCUCCUUCCUUCCUCGGCCCUUUCCCAGUGACCCCUAUGGGGGACGGGCCUCCCCUUUCCCCCUGGGGCUGCCAUUCCCUCCUCCAGCCCCUUUCCAGCCUCCACUGCCUUCCUCCCCACCGCUGGAAGGCCCCUUCCCUCCCCAGAGUGGUGUUCACCCCCCACCUCCUGAGGGGUACAAUGAGGUAGGGCCAAGCUAUGGCCCUGGGGAGGGGACUCCGGAGCAGGAGAAAUCCAGGGGUGGCUAUGGCAACGGCAGCGGCUUCCGAGACAGUGUCCCUAUCCAGGGUAUCACGCUGGAGGAAGUGAGUGAAAUCAUUGGCCGAGACCUGAGUGGCUUCCCAGCACCUCCUGGAGAUGAGCCUCCUGCUUGAACCAUCACCUGGCAAUUCCAGCUUCCUGGCCCCUCCAGCCCUGCCCACUUUCCCUUCAUCCUGGGGUGGUGGUUCCAGAAGCUUGGGGCCAAUCUGGUUCUUCUUUCCCCAGCUUUUGCCUCUUUCCCCCUGGCCCCCUCCUCCUCCCCUAGCUGAGAUGUGGCCCCCUGGGCCUGGUGCUGCCAGGGAAGGCUCAGUGAGGGACAGCACGGAGGACGGAGGCUGGGUGGGAGGACUGACUGGAGUGAAGGCUGUGUCUAGAUUGUGUACGGGCCCUGGUGCUGGGAGUCUGGGACGGGUGGAUGGAUAAUAAACUGCUCACUGAUGAGUGCUUCAGGCUCCAGAGCUCUUUGGCAAGAGAGGAGGGGCAGCUUACCCUAGCCUGAGGUGGCUUAGAGGUUGGAAAGAGAUGGGAUGUGGCUGGGAUCAUUGUAACCCAAAGAGCUUCUCAGAGUAGGGGGCUGGGGAUAAUUUAAGGGGCCCCAGAGGCUUCCUAACUGGGUUGGGGUUGGGGGCCAGAGCUUUAGUAGGCCUAUCCUCCCUGGGAUGCAAAUUCCUGUAGGCUCUUUGGGAUGGGACCCAGGAAUCUGUAUUUUCAAGUUUCUUUUUCUUUCUACCACCCAGAUGAUUCUGAUUCAUAGGCAAGGUCAGGAAACACCAAUCUAGCCCUUAUCCCUUAUUUGCAAAGGAGGGAUCUGAGACUAAGAGGGAAGGGGCUUGCCCAAGGUCACACAGCUAAUCGUAGCAGGUUAAAUGUAUACUCCUGGGCUCCUGCCUCCAGCCCACCCUCAGACACCCUGACUCAUCAGGUUCAGGCCCCUGAAGCUUAUCUUCCUGGAGUAGGGUUGGGGGUGAGGGAGGGCUGGCAUGGGUCUAUCCACAGUCUGGAUUCUUGGGGACAGUGAAAACAUUCUGGAAAGAUCUGUGCUUUGGAAGUAGAUUGCAGGAAGCCAUGCAACCUCUCUAGCGGGUCUGAGUGCUACCCUGGGGCUCAGUGCAUUGUUUGGCUCCUGGCCUGUCUUGUAGAUAUGCCCACAUAUCACCAAUGACAGGCCCAUGCUCAAAGCCUGGUUUGUCCUGUCUUGACAGCCAAUGUGGCCAAGUCCCCAGGGGGCUGGGCAUUUAGUACCAUUAGCCUGCGAUGGCUAGGCUUGGCUGCUGGGGCUACACCCCAAAUACAUUCAGGGAGUUGGUACUCAGGAAACUGGCCUCACCUCCAGGCUGGUGGGGCCUCUCUAUAUCCAAUGGGUUCCAACAGGCCUGGCAAGAACCCAUGUGUUCAGAGGUGGGGGUGAGAGAAGCUGGCUCUGAAGUGGAGAACAAGAGAACCAGGAUGACCCUCAAUAACAAGGAAUUUUCUUUAUCUUCCUGAAUGCAAACUGCUGUGCACCAAACUGACAUCAAGUGAUCAGCUCAUUGGGCUGUGUCCUUGGCUGCUUUUCAAAGAUACCCUCCAGUAGGGGCCAGAGUCAUUACCCUGUAAUUUCCAUGUCAGGCGGGACCUUGGGAUACAUGUGUUAUAACCAGCAUUCUACAACACUCCCCACCCCACCUCAUACCCCAAGAUCUCUAACAAGGGAUAUCAGCUUCUGUGAAUGAAAAGCGGUAGGGGACUCACUACCUCCCAAGACAGAUGAUUUCAUUUUCUGCCAGGGCACUGCCAUUCAUUCAUUGCCAGACAUUUAUCAGGCAGCUAAGUGCCAGCCAAUGGGUCCUGGAGGACCUCACGAGGCCACAGUAAGUCAACAUCUCAUUGUAACUCAACAGUUCAACUCAGUAAAUAUUUCUCGUAGAAUGUAAGGUUUGGGGGACAGGCAGUGAACAAUUUUAUUACAGGGCGCAGAAGGAGCAGAGAGCAGGGGCACUCCGUCCAGCUGUAGGAGCUAGCGGGAACUUCAGGGGUGACUUCUAGAUUGAGACCUGCAGCAUGACUGAACUGACCAACCCAGGAGUAGGAAAAGGCAGGCUGGGUGGAGCCACCAGAAUGGGCUAGAUCCUGCAGGAGAGCUUACUGAAUUUCCUUCUCUGGCUGGAACUCUGAGCCUCCAAGGAAGGCUGACAGAUGGAGGGCUUACUGCACUCAAAGGGCCAAGGGAGGUUCUGUGCGAUGGGGAUGGGGAAAGGUUAAGUUCUGGAAGAGGAGGGAUUGGAGAGGAAAGCACAGGCUACAUUCUGGGGGUCUCAUAGUCAUGCCAGGGAAUUUAGAGUUAUCCAAGGAUGAUGGGUGCUUCCUCACUAGAUGGGAGUCCUCCUGGGGUGAGCUGAAAUCUGCUUUCCUGUGGCUGCUCUGCAAGGCGCUGUGCUAGGCCCUCACUUCAUAGAAUCCUCCCGAUUAGAAUCUUGAGGUGAGUUAGCCUCCCAGGUUCAUUGUCUCUUCCCAGGAUCCCCACAGACAUCUCACUCCCUGAGGCUGGGGUUGGGAGAGGAUAAGGAUGCUGGAUCUACAGCUGGUGUCAGAAAAGACUUUCUUGGCCAGGGCUUCUCUGAGUGCAGUCUGAG